AGCCUGUCUAGCAUUUUAGCCAUGCGUUGCCUAGCCUUCAUCGCUUUCUGUCUGUCUGCUCUUUUGGCCAUGGCUGUGGGCCAGGUAUUCCAGUACUCCUGCCCGUGUCCUCGAAACUAUGAUCCUGUGUGCGGAUCGGACUCCGUGACCUAUAGUAACCAGUGUGUUUUGGAUUGUUUAAUUAAAGAAGGACGCUCCAUUACCGUGGAGAAGAAGGGAAGAUGCUAGAAAACUGAACAUGGAUCGCCAACUGGUUAUCGACUUACAUUCGUAUGAUAAAAAAUGAACAAUAAAUAAUAUGUAUAAAUAAUUUAAAAAUGUAUAUGCUUCUGGUAUCAGACCGAAUCGGUAUUUUUUAAAUCUUCUGUGGAACAAAUCAAUUUUUGCAAUACUUUCAAGGUGAUGUGAUUACUAAUUUGUUCAAUGCCAAAGAAAACUAAUCCAUUUAAAUAAUUGAAUAUUCAUAUUUAUUCAAUUGGUAUGCCGAAGCCGGGUUUAAAAUAAAUUAUAUGAA